AGAAGAGGCUACAUCGGCCACCAAAGACGACGUCGACAGCGCGAGCCUGCCAGUUCCCGAUUAUUCGGAUGCACCAGCAGCUACAAUGGGGCUUACCACGCGAACCCGAAGCUACAACACACGGAAGAAUGGUGGAGCCCGUCAGAAGGUGGCGCCAUCGAUAGGCCCAUCCGUAAGCGAGGGUGAUAGCUCG